AUGAUAAACUUUGGAUAUUUGCUUCUCUUUCUCAUCGACCUUACUGCAUCGCACCUGAAUAAUCCACCCGUGUUUGCCAAAUUGGGAGAAACUAUUAAUAUGUCUUGCUUUUACCAGAGCCAAAUGGCUAUGCACUUCUCAUGGUACAAGCAUGAACUUGGAAAGAAUCCCAGGCUCAUCUCCACCAUAUACAAGUAUGACAUCAAAGCCCGGUUUUACCAUAAUUUCAAGAAUAGUUCACGUUUCUUUGUGCAGAAUGACAAGGGUGUGCAUCGUUUGGUGAUAAGAAACAUACAGCUCUCAGACUCCGCAACAUACUACUGUGGAAGUGCUUAUUCCAAUGUAAUGGAAUUUGUCGAAGGGAUAGAGUUGAUAGUUGAAGUUUUAAAUCAGAACUGUGUGGGAAACAACAGUGUGUACUGGAUCAUACAGGAAUCAGAAGAAUCUCGCCCAAGAUUCAUUAGCGCACAUGGAACGAGUACUGGUCAGUGUGAGUGGAGCUCUCUCAAACUUUCUGAUUCUGAGACUUACAACUGCACUGUUGCUGCAUGUGGAAUACUGUUUUGGAAUGGAACCAAACUGGACGUUAUAGGUAUGUUCUUGAAGAAGUAACUGGUAAGAAAGUAGCACUUAGUAGGUGUGUUAACUUUAUAUCCACCAUUUUGACUUUUUCAGGUGCUGAUUCAGCAGAACAGAUGAUGACUUUUGUAAUUCUUUCCAUUGUUAGAACAUUCCUUCUUUUAAUUACAAUUGGCACAAUUACUUUUUGGAACUGCAUGAAUUCAAAAAGAAUUUUAAACCAUGGGUGUUCUCCAACUGCCAUUACUCUCCAAGAUAGACGAUCCCGGCCAGAAGGAAGACCAGGUCUUUUGAUGAAAUCUGCUUCUGAGCAUCUGUAAUAUGCAACAUAUCUCUUCAAAUUCAUGUAUGAUAUGGAAUAAGCAAA